ACCAUGAACUUUCUGUGUAAGAAUCGAAAUUCCACUCUCUCUAUCUGUGUUCAUACUCAUCAUUCUCCACUUUUAGAAGAACUUCACUCCGGCGAUAAACGUCUUUAAAUUUCGGUGCUCUGGGAAUUAACACACAACAACAAGAACAACUCAAACAUGAGCUUAGCUAUCACAACUCUCGUAAUGGUGAUGCUACGGAGUACUAACGUCCUUUCUUCCUAUGUAGCAUCUCAAGUUGCCACAACUACCUCAGCAACAACUUUGUCGCUGGAACGAGAAGCGAAGGCUCUACUCGAGAGUGGUUGGUGGAGUAGCUACAGCAACGACACUUUGCAACGUUGCAACUGGACAGGUAUCUCAUGCAAUGAUGCUGGAAGCGUCAUCAAAAUUAACCCUCCUUCUGACGUUAUUAAGGUUGGUGAUAAAUUCAAGAAUAUGGACUUCUCUUGCUUUCCAAGUCUUGUUUUUCUCAGGCUUAGUAGUCAUGAACUCAGUGGGACCACAGAGCAUUUUAUGUUCAAUAUAAGCAAUCUGUCAAGAUUAACGCAUAUCGACUUGUUCAACAAUUCUUUAUAUGGUUUGUUAUUUCCUUGGCCUGAUAAUCUCACCUCAUUAAAGUAUCUUGAUUUUUCUUAUAACCAAAUCUAUGGACCCAUUCCAGUAGAAAUUGGACAGUUAAAGAAUUUCGUGACUCUCAAUCUAUACGAUGGCAACUUACUUGGUCCAAUUCCUUCUACUCUAGGUAAGUUAACCAAUUUGGAGACCCUAGAUUUGUCUAAUAACUCACUUGAUGGUUCCAUUCCUUCCACUCUAGGCAGGUUAACCAAUUUAGUGACCCUGGAUUUGUCUAAUAAUAGGCUUCAUGGUUCCAUUCCUUCCACUCUAGGCAAGUUAACCAAUUUAGUGACCCUGAAUUUGUCCAAUAACACGCUUCAUGGUUCCAUUCCUUCCACUCUAGGCAAGUUAACCAAUUUAGUGACCCUGGAUUUGUCUAAUAACUUACUUCAUGGUGCCAUUCCUUCUACUCUUUUUUCAUUAUCCAAUUUGGGCAAGUUAACCAAUUUAGUGACCCUGAAUUUGUCUAAUAACACGCUUCGUGGUUUCAUUCCUUCCACUCUAGGCAAGUUAACCAAUUUAAUGACCCUGGAUUUGUCUUAUAACUUACUUCAUGGUUCCAUUCCUUCUACUCUUUUUUCAUUAUCCAAUUUGGUCACCAUCGAUCUAUCAAACAACGACCUCAUCGGUCCAAUUCCCUCCUCUUUAGGCUUUUUACACAAGCUGGAAAAUUUGCUUCUUGACUUCAAUAGAAUCAAUGGUUCUAUCCCUUCAAAAAUUGGAGAUUUGAAGACUUUGCGUGUUCUACGCCUUCACUCAAAUUUUUUAGAAGGUCUCGUACCUGAGGAAAUUGGAAAUUUGAAAGCACUCACUUUAUUGAACCUCUAUGAAAACGAGUUGAGUGGACCCAUUCCGCCUCAAAUUUGUAAUUGCUUCAAUUUAGAAAAGUUGGACUUAAGCAACAAUAGAAUCAAUGGUUCUAUCCCUUCAAAAAUUGGAGAUUUGAAGACUUUGCGUGUUCUAUUCCUUCAUUCAAAUCUUUUAGAAGGUUUCUUACCUGAGGAAAUUGGAGAUUUGGAAGCACUUACUUUAUUGAACCUCUCUCAAAAUGAGUUGAGUGGACCCAUUCCGCCUCAAAUUCGUAAUUGCUUCAAUUUAGAAGAGUUGGACUUAAGCAACAAUAGAAUCAAUGGUUCUAUCCCUUCAAGAAUUGAAGAUUUGAAGACUUUGCGUGUUUUAUUCCUUCACUCAAAUCUUUUAGAAGGUCUCGUACCUGAGGGAAUUGGAAAUUUGGAAGCACUUACUUUAUUGAACCUCUCUCAAAACGAGUUAAGUGGACCCAUUCCGCCUCAAAUUGGCAAAUGCUCCAAUCUAGAAGAGUUGGACUUAAGCAACAACAAUUUAGAGGGGCUCAUUCCUGCUCAAAUCAAAAGGCUUCAGCAUCUAGACCGGGUAGAUCUCAGAAACAAUAAUUUCUCAGGUGUUAUUCCAUUUAAUCUUAUUAUGGGUGGAAAUUAUUAUUAUGCAAGUUUUACUUGUGUUGAAACAAAUAAUUCGGUAUUUAGGGAGGUAUUUGGUGGCAACAAAAAUUUAACACCCUACUUUUGCUCUCCACCCUAUUCUCCAGCAACUUAUUCUUCAGUAAAGAAGAGUUACAAUCUUCAGAUAUUUGUACCUGUUUCCGUAUUCGUCACUCUUUUUCUUCUUGGGAGUUUAUUAUUUUUGUGGAGGAAUAAGGUCAAGGUCAACCCAACUAGCGUACUGCAAGCAACUACGAAUGGAGACCUGUUCUCAAUAUGGAACUACGAUGGAAAGAUUGCUUAUGAAGACAUCAUAGCAGCAACAAAUGAUUUUGACAUUCGAUACUGCAUUGGAACUGGUGGUUACGGAAGUGUCUACAAAGCACAGCUACCAAGUGGCAAAGUGGUUGCCUUGAAGAAGCUUCAUCGUCUUGAAGCUGAGGAACCGGCUUUCGAUAGGAGUUUUAGAAAUGAGAUCAAAUUCUUAACAGAAGUUCGACAUCGAAACAUUGUGAAACUGCAUGGGUAUUGUCUACACAAACGAUGCAUGUUUUUGAUUUAUGAAUACAUGGAAAGGGGAAGCUUGUUUUUCAUGCUAAGUGAUGAUGUUCAGGCCGUGGAAUUGGUUUGGGCAAAAAGAGUGAACAUUAUCAAGAGCACGGCUCACGCUUUAUCUUACUUGCAUUUUGAGUGCACACCAAUAAUAGUUCAUCGAGACAUUUCAAGUAACAACAUUCUAUUAAACUCGGACUUGGAGGCUUUUGUCGCGGACUUUGGGACUGCCAGAAUCAUAGAUCCUGAUUCUUCAAAUCAAACAAGGCUUGUUGGCACUUAUGGCUAUGUAGCUCCAGAAUUUGCCUACACAAUGGUUGUAACUGAAAAAUGUGAUGUUUAUAGUUUUGGAGUAUUGGCAUUGGAAACAUUGAUGGGAAAGCAUCCUGCAGAAAUUUUGUCCUUGUUAUCAGCACCAUCUUCAUUGCAAAAUAUAAUGUUAACUGAUGUAUUAGAUCCACGUCUCUCAUCUCCAACAAGCCAGCUGGUCGUACAGAAUAUUGUUCAUGUAGCUACCAUAGCAUUCGCAUGUCUACAAGCUGAUCCAAAAUUACGGCCAACAAUGAAACAUGUCUCACGGAUGUUUCUUUCUUGUCAAAGAUCAUUAAGGAACCCACUCCGAACAAUCUCUUUGCUGCAACUUGUGACAAGUGGAAUGCAUAUGGAAGAAUCAUGUCAAGCUCCACAAUGAUAGUGCUAUUAUUAGGACAAGUGUCUUGUUGUUUUUGUGAACUGAUUGAUAGGAUGCGUUUCUGGUUUCAACCUUUUCUUUUUUAUUUUUGGUUCUUACUUUUUGUUAUUUCCUCUUUCAUAUUCUCCAUGUUAUUAGUUCUCCAACUUAGUGAAAAUGUGUUCUGUUUUCCA